UUCUCCAUUCACAAUUUCAUACUUUACAACCUUUGAAUGAAUAUUACUACUCACAUUUAUAAUGGCGAAUCAAACUUAUCGAAUGUUUGAACAGUCCAUUCGUAAUCUAAAGAGAACUGUGGAACAAAGCUGAGAAAAAUUGCGAUAAAAGAAAAUGAUGUUCCACUAUCCUUAAAGUCAAGUCUUCGUCGUAAAAUAGCCAAAUACUCUUUUCAUCGGUAUACCAUCCCUGCACUUGGAUUUCAAAUUACACACUUCCAUUCACCAUCCACUCCAAUCUGUUCCAACUCCAACCAUGGCAGAACUUGUUGGUGGUGCUCUUCUUUCGGCCUUUCUUCAGGUUGCAUUCGACAGGCUGGCUUCCACUCAGUUUGUUGAUUUCUUUCGUGGGAGAAAACUUGAUGAGAAGCUUCUAGACAAUUUGAACAUCAUGUUGCACUCCAUCAAUUCUCUCGCUGAUGAUGCAGAACAGAAACAGUUCAGAGACCCACACGUUAAAGCAUGGCUUCUUUCUGUCAAGGAGGCUGUCUUUGAUGCAGAGGAUCUCUUGGGUGAAAUAGAUUAUGAACUCACCAGAUGCAAACUCGAAGCUGAAUCCCAACCUCAAACCUUCACUUACAAGGUAUCAAAUUUCUUCAACUCUACUUUCAAUUCAUUUAACAAGAAAAUUGAAUCAGAGAUGAAAGAAGUCCUAGAAAAACUAAAAUAUCUUGAACAGCAAAAGGAUGCUCUUGGUUUGAAAAAGGGUACUUCUUAUUCUGAUAGUAAGGCGUCACAGAAAUUGCCAUCAUCUUCUUUGGUGGUUGAAGGUAUUAUCUAUGGCAGAGAUGCGGACAAAGACAUUAUCUUUAAUUGGCUCAGAUCUGAAACCGACAAUCAUAACCAUCCAUCUAUAUUUUCCAUUGUGGGCAUGGGUGGAUUGGGUAAGACCACACUCGCCCAACAUGUAUACCAUGACCCAAAGAUGGAGGAGGCUAAGUUUGAUAUCAAAGCUUGGGUUUGUGUUUCCGAUCAUUUUGAUGUUUUGACAGUGACAAAAACAAUUCUUGAGGCAAUCACUAACUCUAAAGAUGAUAGCGGGAACCUAGAAAUGGUUCAUGGAAGAUUGAAAGACAAAAUAUCAGGAAGGAAAUUUCUUCUUGUUUUAGAUGAUGUUUGGAACGAAGGAGGAGAAGAAUGGGAAGCUGUUCGAACUCCUCUUAGCUAUGGGGCUCCAGGAAGUAAAAUUCUUGUCACAACACGUAGUAAGAAAGUUGCUUCUAACAUGAGGUCUAGAGUGCAUCUUCUGGAGGAAUUACGAGAGGAUAAGUCUUGGAAUGUUUUUGAAAAACACGCAUUAAAAGACGAUGAAAUUGAAUUGAACGAUGAUCUAAAGGAGAUUGGUAGAAGGAUAGUUGUGAAGUGCAAAGGAUUACCUCUUGCUUUGAAAACAAUUGGACGACUUUUACACACAAAGUCAUCCAUUUCAGAUUGGGAAAACAUAUUGGAAAGUGACAUGUGGAACUUACCAAAAGAAGCUAGUGAAAUUAUCCCCGCUUUAUUACUAAGCUAUCACUACCUUCCUACUCCUCUCAAGAGAUGCUUUGCCUAUUGUGCCUUAUUCCCCAAAGAUUAUGAGUUUGUGAAGAAGGAGUUAAUUUUGUUGUGGAUGGCUGAAAAUUUUCUACACUGUCCUCAAGAAAUUAGACAUCCAGAAGAAGUUGGUGAACAAUACUUUAAUGAUCUAUUGUCAAGGUCUUUUUUUCAACAAUAUAAAAAUAAUUUCGUCAUGCAUGAUCUUUUAAAUGAUUUGGCAAAAUAUGUUUAUGGGGACAUAUGUUUUAGGUUGAAAUUUGAUAAAGGAAAAUAUAUACCUAAAACAACCCGUCAUUUUCUAUUUACACCCGGUGAUGUCAAAUGUUUUAAUGGUUUAGAGAGUUUAAGUGAUGCUAAAAGAUUGCGUUCCUUUAUUGCAAUUGUACGACUUAGGGGACGUUACCUGUGCAACUAUCCUUGGCAAUUCAUGAUUUCAUUACAUGAUUUGUUCUCCAAGAUUAAGUUUUUACGCGUCUUAUCUUUAUAUGGUUUUAGCGGUCUCAGAAAGGUCCCUGAUUCUAUUGGUAAUCUUAAACAUCUCCAAUCGAUAGACCUUGAGUAUACUCAUAUACAAAAACUACCUGACUCAAUAGGUUUGCUCUAUAACUUGUUAAUACUGAAGUUGAGCAAUUGUUCAUAUCUGGAGGAAUUGCCCUCAAAUUUGCAUAAACUCACUAAAUUGCGUUGUCUGGAAUUUGAAGGAACAAAAGUGACAAAGAUGCCAAAGCAUUUUGGAGAAUUGAAGAAUCUUCAAGUACUGAGUACGUUUCUCGUUGAUAGAAACAAUGAGUGCAAUAUUAAGCAAUUAGGAGGACUCAAUCUUCAAGGAAGUCUAUCAAUUAAGGAGGUUCAAAAUAUUGUGAAUCCUUUGGAUGCAUUAGAAGCAAAUUUGAAAAAUAAACACCUUGUGAACUUGGAAUUGGAAUGGAAGAGGAAGCACAUCCCUGAUGAUCCAUUGAAAGAAAAGAAAGUACUUGAGAAUCUACAACCUUCCAAACACUUAGAACGUUUGUCUAUCAAGAAUUAUGGUGGAACAGAAUUUCCAAGUUGGGUAUUCAAUAAUUCAUUAUCAACUUUGGUGUUCUUAUGUUUGGAGAACUGUAAGUAUUGCCUAUGUUUGCCUCCUCUUGGACUUCUGUCAUCACUAAAGACCCUCAAGAUUAGAGGGUUUGAUGGAAUAGUGAGCAUUGGUGCUGAGUUUUGUGGGAGCAACUCUACUUCGUUUACAUCCUUGGAAAGUUUGGAAAUCGACAACUUGAAGGAAUGGGAAGAGUGGGAAUGUAAAACUACUUUUCCAUGUCUUCGAUAUCUUUUUAUCAAUCGAUGUCCAAAGCUGAAAGGUACUUCAGAGCAACUUCUUAACUUAAAGGAACUAUUUGUUAGUUUACGUGGUAAGCUCAUAAUUUAUUCAUGCCCACUUGUGAAUAUUCCUAUUACCCAUUACGAUUUUCUUGAAGAAGUGAUAAUUAAUGGUGGGUGUGACUCUCUUACCAUCUUUCCGCUAGAUUUCUUUCCAAAGCUACAUUUACUUCAUAUAACAGGGUCCCGAAACCUACGAGGAAUUUCAAAUGAGCACACUCAUAAUCAUCUCAAGGAAAUGAAAAUUGAUGAAUGUCCUCAAUUUGAAUCAUUUCCUAGUGAAGGUUUAUCUGCUCCGCAGCUAUGGAAAAUUGAGAUUAAAGGAGCAAAGAAUUUGAAGUUGUUGCCAAAACGCAUGCAAAUCCUACUUCCCUCUCUUACUGAGUUGCGAAUAACUGAUUGUCCACAAGUGGAGAUGUUUGAAGAAGGAAGUUUGCCAUCAAAUUUAAAAGAGGUGUCUCUUUCAUGUUUCAGACUUAUAGCCUCCCUGAGAGAGGCUUUGGGUGCCGACACUUGUCUUGAAACAUUGUCUAUUAUAGAGGUGGACGUGCAGUGUUUCCCUGAUGAAGGUUUGUUGCCACCCUCUCUUACCUCUCUAAAAAUCUACAAUUGCCCAACUCUCAAAAAGCUGAACUACAAGGGUCUCUCCCACCUCUCAUCUCUCAGACUUUUUAGAUGUCCCAGCCUUGAAUGCUUACCAGAGGAGGGUCUGCCCAAAUCCAUCUCUUUUCUUCAAAUAUGGUAUUGUCCAUUGCUUAGACCGCGUUGUCAGAAUUCAGAAGGCGAAGAUUGGGGAAAGAUUGCUCACAUUCAACAACUGUCUAUUGAUUAGAGUAGAAGAGACCCUCUUUUGUGAUCUUCUUCUUGACCACUAAUUGUGUCUUUAAUCGAUACUUCUGAAAAGAUGGUAAAAUCUGUUUCUACCACCAAUGUACCUAAACAAGUCCAGGGCAAACCGCUACAUAGAGAGAGAUUGAAUCAAAUGUAGUUGUGAAAUGAAAUGUAAAUACUUAAGACACAUUCUAAGGACAAGAAAUUGUAUUUGCUUUCUGAGCUGGGAAGUAGAAUUCAAGUUGUUUCUGAGUUUGUACCUAAAAGAUGGUGCAAAAGAAGCAAUUGAAGAGUCUCUUUAAAAUUUCCAGAGGCUACAAUUGGAGAUGGUGGGGUCAAUUUCACCAUUUACUGUCUCAAGGCACUCUUUGCUACUCUUCGCCAUUUACUGUCUCUGAGGUAUGUAAAAUCUUAACCCCUUUUCAGUCUCUUCCAUUUUUAAACCCCUUUUAAAAUCUUAACUCCUACUUCAUAAUUAGUUGUUCAUGAUUAUUCAUUUUUUUUACAGCCUUAAAACCUCAUAACAUUUUUGGAGUAUGCGUUUGCAGGUUGAGGGCCGGAUUUCUAUUUCUUUUUUCAUGCUGAGUGUGGUUUUGUAAUUCUGUAGAAUCUUUGUAUUUCUUCUUAUUGAUAAGAUUAUUUGUUUAUUGUUGAAAAAUCCCAAGAAGAAAUUGGCAUCAGAAACACAGGCCUUAAGUUAAAAGGUUCAAAGUUAUUACUUUUAAAAUCCCCGUGGAAUUGAUGUAAUAGUGAUUUAAUAUUGGGAAUACAACAUUGUUUUACCUCUUGUCUCCAGCUAUCGCGGAUCCAAUUUCUGUACCAACUCAAGAUAUGCUUAUUGGACUUUACAUAUUAACGAAUGGGAAUCGUCGGGGUAUUUCUUCAAAUAGGUAUAAUCCACGUAAUUGCAGAAAUUUGAAAAAUGAAAGAAUU